AUGAAGGCCAUGGAGGAUCAAGUAGUCCAAGAAGAACCAGGAUACCAGGAUGAUGAGGAAUCCUUUUUUCAGGACAUUGACCUACUACAGAAGCACGGAAUCAAUGUAGCAGAUAUUAAAAAACUGAAGUCAGUGGGGAUCUGCACGAUCAAAGGGAUCCAGAUGACCACGAGACGGGCACUGUGCAAUGUAAAAGGGCUUUCAGAGGCCAAAGUGGACAAGAUUAAAGAAGCUGCAAACAAACUUAUUGAACCAGGCUUCCUGACAGCCUUUGAGUACAGUGAAAAACGGAAGAUGGUAUUUCACAUUACUACCGGCAGCCAGGAAUUUGAUAAACUUCUGGGUGGUGGGAUUGAAAGCAUGGCAAUCACUGAGGCCUUUGGAGAGUUCCGGACAGGCAAAACCCAGCUAUCUCACACACUUUGUGUGACAGCUCAGCUUCCAGGACCAAACGGCUACACAGGUGGCAAGAUUAUCUUCAUUGAUACCGAAAACACUUUCCGCCCGGACCGUCUUCGUGACAUUGCUGAUCGCUUCAGUGUCGACCACGAUGCGGUACUUGACAAUGUGCUGUACGCACGUGCAUAUACUAGUGAACAUCAGAUGGAAUUGCUUGACUACGUAGCAGCCAAGUUCCAUGAGGAAGCUGGUAUCUUCAAGCUAUUGAUCAUUGACUCCAUAAUGGCCCUUUUCCGUGUGGAUUUCAGUGGUCGCGGAGAGUUGGCUGAACGACAACAGAAACUCGCUCAGAUGCUGUCAAGGCUCCAAAAAAUAUCAGAAGAAUAUAAUGUGGCUGUGUUCGUGACCAACCAGAUGACUGCUGAUCCGGGAGCAACUAUGACCUUUCAGGCAGACCCAAAAAAGCCCAUUGGGGGUCACAUUCUCGCUCAUGCUUCAACUACCAGGAUUAGUUUGAGGAAAGGGAGAGGGGAGCUGCGUAUUGCAAAGAUAUACGACAGCCCUGAGAUGCCUGAAAAUGAAGCCACGUUUGCAAUAACUGCUGGAGGGAUUGGAGAUGCCAAAGAAUAG